CUCCCCGUCCCUCGUUCUCUCUCCUUCCGGUUCGCCUUGCCCUCGCCCUUCUGUUCUGCUCCAUUCCUCCGAGCAGUAGCAGAGAUCAAACCCACGGCGAUCUCUCCUCCAGAUAAGUGAGAAUUUUUAUCCUCUAAUAGUGUGACAAUCUUGUUUCCGGCAGCUAUUUCUGUGAUGUUUGUACCUUUUCUUGCGUCAACUUUCCAUCUUGGCGGAGAAAAUUCGAGUUUCUAGGUGUUACCUACCCAAAUUCCCUGCUCUAGAGUUGGUAUUUUUCUGCACACGACGCCAGGUUUCAUGUCAAUCUGCUGCCGGAGCGUCAAAGGCCGCUCCCCAUGGAUGAUUCCCGCCUUCUAACGUGCCCGGACCCAGCGCCGAGGGUCACGGACAAGGGGAAGAGGGACGAGUGGAGCGAGGGCGGCGUCCUGUGCCUGUUGGAAGUGUACGAGUCCAAGUGGACACUCCGGAACCGGGCCAAGCUGAAGGGGAGUGAUUGGGAGGACAUCGCCCGCCUGGUGUCGAUGCGGUGCUCGGGAACUAAAGCGCUUAAGACCCCGACCCAGUGCAAGAACAAGAUUGAGGCGAUGAAGAAACGGUACCGCGCUGAGUCCGCCGCCGCCCAUGACCCCAGCUCUAGCUCCUCGUGGCAGUUCUAUGCCCGCAUGGAUGACUUGCUAAAGGGCACCGGGAAUUGCUCGGUUUUUCCGAAAGCCAAUCACGACAUCGAUCUCCAAGCUUUGCCGAAGGCGGAGGCGGAGGUCGAAGCUGACGGGCACUUACAUGAUAGCAAUCAUGACGACGGGUCGAAUUCGAUGCCCAUCAACAUGAAUGCUAAUGCUGACAAUAACGACGACGAGAAGAUGGAGAAGAGAGGCACGGACAGCAAUCUGAGUGCGCCAAGAGGCAAAAAGGAUGCUACUGCUGAGGAUGGUGCGAGAGAUCCUGGCAGUUCAUCCAAGAGGAGGAGAGUCACAGGGAGUGAGGUGGCAGACAGCAUCAGGUUUCUGGCUCAGUCCAUGUUGCAGAUUGAGCAGGUGAGGAUGGAGAUGUACAAGGAUUCUGAGAGGAUGAGAGCCGAGGCGGAGAUCAAGAGGGGGGAGAUGGAGCUUAAGAGGACAGAGAUUAUGGCAAGUACUCAGUUGCAGAUUGCUAAGCUUUUCAUGAAAAGAAUACACCAGAGGAGCAGUAAGAACCAAAAUCCAUCUUUGAGAAGUGAAAUUGGUAUUCUACCAAGGAGGGAUGGGCAGGGUGAUUAACUUCAUAAAGGGAAUCUACUUUCAAGCCAAGUUUUGGGUCCCUUUUCAUCCACAUGCAUUGACAUGCAAAGAUUGGAUCUCUGCAAUUUCGGUACCAAUAAUAAAAGUCUCCACGAUCUAUAGAUGUAUGUAUGAUUCGGUGUGCACUUUUAGAGAGAUGUUAAUAAACCCAAGAACCUAAAAUUGGAGAGCAGUUGCCUGCCCAUGAAAGGGAUUACAGGUGCAGUGGCUAUCAGCUGGUUGAUAACAUACCCCCGGUUGCCGAGAAAUUAAGCUCUCAAAGAUGUGGAUGCUUGGACUUCAUUGAUUGCAUCGGUUAUUGUCAUAAAUCCUCUGUGCUCACAUUCUACCAUCAUGGAAUUUGUACAUUAAGUUCA